AUGACAGAAGAAGAAAGAAGCAGCGAACCCGCACUAAAGGCACAUCGCUGGGAGACGGCAUUGGGUGCUCCGGUAUCGCUGCCAACCUCCUCCCGCUGGGGGGCUGGAACCCCGCGUCAGUUGGGUGGAGACACGCCAAAGGUGCUUGUGAAUGCGGAGCUCUCGGCGUGGCGCGGCCACUCGACCCCGACGCCAAGCGCCUACACGGUGGACUCCGUUAGGACUCCAACGAUGCGAGGGCAGGGCGGCCAGACACCGACGUUUGGCGCAGGAGGAACAACGCCUAUGUUUGGCGGGACAACCCCGAUGUUUGGUGGGGCGACUCCGAUGUUUGGCGGGGUAACACCGGCGGCGGGCACGGCAUUUGGCGUCACCCCAAAUCUUCAGUUUGAGGGAACUACCCCGGUGCAGUCACGGUUUGCCGGAGGGGACUCGCAGUCGGCCAUUACAGCCAACAUUGAGGCGCAGGCGCGGAAGCUGGAAGUGCAGUGGCGGAUGAAGAACAAACGGCUGACGGAGGAGUAUCUUGACUCCAUUCUUCCGCCCGAGUUCAAACUCGUGGAGGCUCCCGCAGACUACAACCCGCCACCCCCGGAGGAACCAAACUUCUACGAGCUUGCCAGUAAGUCGCUGGACGUGUUUGUGGUGAACCAAAACAGCGACGCUGCGGCGGCCGUCACAUACGACAUUCCAGAGAGCCUGGGGGAGGGGAUGCCGCAGAUGAAGCCGCAGGAUGCACCGGUGUUUGAGAUGCUGCUCAAGUACCAUAACGUGAACCCCAUCCCCGAUGAGGUGCUGCCGUCGUACCUCCUCAUGAAGAAUCUUUUUAGGAUUAAGAACGGCGAUACAAACCAGCGCCGUAUUGCCACGCGGUUCUUACUAGAUAAGGCUCGUGUGUUUGGUAGUGAGCCACUUUUUCAAUUCACGUUUCAUGUAUGGCGAUCCAGCAGUCUGGAUUUGCAAGAGCAGCACCAUUUUGUGGAUUUUGUGAAGGGUGUGAUUUCGAGAUUGCAUAAGGAGGUGCGAAGUUCCACGAAGGAAAUUGUGCACAUGAUGGAGGUUCUCCUCUCCGCCCAGGAGGCAGCUGUCCGGGAGGAUGGCAAGGAAGUCCUCGCGCUUCUCACUCGCGUGGUUGGGUACGAGGCGGUGUUUGAGGCGAUUAAGGAGGACUUUGCGCACGUGGAGAACGGCGUGCGUCGGCACACGGCGAAGGUGGUUGCUAUCGUGGGGUAUGCCGUGGGGCCAGCGACGGCGCUGCAGAUUAUCCACGGCAUGUCUCUUUCCCCAGUUGCGUUGGCACGGCAGACGUCUGCGCGCGCCAUCACAGAGCUGGCGUCUAUCCUCAUGCACGCCAUCACUGGCGAGCUGGUGGAGCUGGUGCCCAUCUUUGAAAAGCUGCUGCGGGAUGAACCGCGCGUCAAGCGUGAGGCUGCCAACGCACUUGCGCAUGUAGCAGAUGCAUCUUAUCCCUACGGCAUUGAGGAGUUAACACCACUGGUGCAUAUUGUACGGGAGGAGUGCAAGCGUGGCAUCGGUAGCACUGCAGGGCCGUUUGUGCGUGCCUUUGGCUCACUGGUUCCGCUUAUGGCACCGUACGAUGCGCAGAAGUACACUUCCGACAUGAUACCCACCUUGGUGAAUCAGUUUAACACGCCGGAGGAUGAGCACCGUCGUGUGCUGUUGCAGGUUGUACGACAGUGCGUCUCCGCAGAGGGUGUCACGGCGAGCUUUAUUCGCGACGUACUAUUGAAGCCUUUCUUUGACGGUUUUUGGUCCGUGCGUCGCGUGGCUGCGGAGCGCAAGACGGCAGCCGCUCUGGUGGAGACAACGGUGGCGAUUUCAAGAAAACUUGGCAGCACUGAGAUUUUGCAGUAUCUUGUGCAGGACAUGAAGGACGAGAAUGAACACUUUCAACGCAUGGUCAUUGACACUGUGCGGCGUGUGGUGCGGGCGGUUGGGACGGUUGGGGUUCCCGACACUCUUGUCGCCCUUCUUCUGGAUGGUGCCAUUGCCGCAGUGAAGCAGGACGAGAGCGGCCUCAACCGUGUGGUGCUGGAGGGGAUGGCUUCCAUCUGCAACUCGCUUGGGAAGCGGUUGAAGCGAUAUCUGCGUCAGGUGUUUGACCUUAUUAAGAGUCGUCGUGACAUGCCGGGAAUGAUCCGUAUGCAGGCAGCCGAACUGGCCGCUCGCAUUGCCCACACUGUGAAGGAGGCUGAGGGUGUACUUUUCCUGCAGGAUCUCGGGCGCAGCCUUUUUGACCGCCUGGAGGACGAUGAAGCGGCCGUGAUGAGUGCAAACAUAAAGGCUACGCGUGCCAUUUUAGUGGCGCUCGGGGCAGCUAAGUACCAGCCUUCUGUAAAAGAGUUGCUGAAGAAGUUGACGUACAUAAUUCGUAACCGCAACAGUAAUGUGCAGCUGAACACCAUCUUGCUUAUUGAGGAGAUUGCGACGAACUGCGAUGAGGAUGUGGAUGCCAUACAGCUGCUGAAUUUGGCCACCAAGGGCCUCUUUGAGCUCCUGGACGCCGAUCGCCGUGAAACACGUCGGGCGUGUACCCGGACAUUUGGUGUCAUUGCCCAGAAGAUUCGUCCCUUCGCCAUCAUUCUUGAGCUCGUCGAUAACUUUAAGCAGGAUAAGCGUAAAAUUCGCAUCUGCACCGCCGUGGCGUUGGCGGCCAUUUCCCGUGAGUGUGGCCCCUUCACUGUUAUUCCCUACCUCCUUAACGAGUACAAGAUCAGCGAGGGAGAGCAGGUGGCGACGAUUGUGCAGCACGCCGUGCUGAAGGCAAUUCGUUACAUUUUUGAAGCCAUUGGGGAAGUGGGGAAGGAGUACGUCUAUCCACUCGUCCCACUCCUGCUUCGGGCACUCACAGAGACGGAGAUCCAGCACCGUCGCAUGGCUGUUGAGGCCUGUCGGGCGAUCACGAUGGCAGUAGCAGGCAACGAUGGGUUUGAGGAGGUGGUGAUUCACUUUCUCAACUUUGUUCACCCGAACAUCAUAGAGCUUCUCUCGCGGAAUGAGACUAAGAUUAGUGAGGAGCGGCUCAAGAUGGUCACUGCCGUUGUGAGCUUCUACGAGGCUGCCCUCCUCGUGGUUGGCCCCGCCAAGCUGCUGCAGUACCUGCUGCAGGGCCUGUUUCAUCCGGCGAAGAAGGUGCGGGAUAUUUACCGGCGGACGUACAAUAUGAUUUACAUCGUGAGCCCGGAGGCACUUGUGCCGUGCUACCCCAGCGUGGAGGACGACGGCGAGCACGCCUAUGCUCGUCAUGAACUUGAGGUGACUCUGUAG